CUUGCAUUGGAUGUACUUUGAUUGAUGAAUAUAUUUUUUGAUUACCAGGAUAUAUGAUGUGUUUGGAUUCAGUCUUUGCCUUACUAUAUGCAGGAUCUUAAAUCCUGCUUUGCUUGACCAAGAUUUGUUCCUCUACUGUAUUCCCCUCCUCUGAGAUGGAUUAACUUCGUUCGGGGCUUCUUUUCUCUUCUUUGUUGUCUUGUGAAAACCGUGACCAUGUUGCGCCGAAGAAGUGAGUUUUUUGUUUUCAUGGACAGUGUUCGUUCCCUGAAAUUGGAAACGGAGGAGCAAAAAGAAGAGCACCAACUGACCCCUUUUGAAGAGUAUCUGCAGGUGCUACUGCAGAUGAAGUUGGCAAGUGCUGAUCAGUUUGACAAUUUGGAGAAGCAUACACAGUGGGGGAUCGAUUUUGUGGAGAAGUACACCAAAUUUGUCAAGGAGAGAUCAGAGAUUGAAACCAACUAUGCAAAACAAAUUAGGAAUUUAUCAAAGAAGUAUCAACCCAAGAAGAACUCACGAGAAGAGGAAGAGAGCAAGUACACCUUCUGUCGAGCCUUCCUGACAUCGCUUAAUGAGUUAAAUGACUAUGCGGGUCAACAUGAAGUUAUAGCGGAGAACCUGACAUCUCAAAUCAUCACCGAGCUUUCGCGCUACCUUCAGGACCUCAAAGCUGAGAGAAAAUCACACUUCCACGAUGGGCGCAAGGCACAGCAGCACAUUGAGAGCACGUGGAAACAGCUGGAAACGUGUAAAAGAAGGUUUGAGAGGGACUGUAAAGAGGCAGACAGAGCACAGCAAUACUUUGAGAGGAUGGAUGCGGACAUUAACGUGACUAAGGCUGACGUGGAAAAGCGAAGUUCCCACAAGGCCCGACAACAAGCGCAGGUGAGGCACCAGAUGGCCGCUGACAGUAAGAGUGAAUACUCCUCCUACCUGCAAAAGUUCAACCAGGAGCAGAAUGAACAUUACUUCACAGUUAUUCCCAACAUAUUCCAGAAACUUCAAGACAUGGAAGAGAGAAGAAUUGACAGGAUAGGAGUGUGCAUGAAGACGUUUGCAGAUGUGGACCGCCAAGUGCUGCCCAUCGUGGGGAAAUGUUUAGACGGCAUGACGAAAGCCGCCGAGUCCAUCGAGCCCAAGACGGACUCUAAGCAGGUGGUGGAGUCCUAUAAAUCCGGGUUCGAGCCCCCAGGAGAUGUGGAGUUUGAGGAUUAUGGCCAGGCCAUGAAGAGGACGGUGUCUGACACCAGCUUGUCCAACUCCAAAGAGGCCAGGGAGAAGCCUGCUGGCAAGAGCAAAGGCAAACUGUGGCCUUUCAUUAAGAACAAGAACAAGNUUAUGUCCCUGUUAACGUCCCCCCACCAGCCCCCACCUGCCCCCCCAGCCUCAUCCCCGCCCUCACCCUCUGCUGUUCCCAACGACCCCCAGUCUCCCAAGCAGCAAAAGGAGCCCCUCUCCCACCGCCUCAACGACUUCAUGAGCUCCAAACCCAAAAUGCACUGCCUCCGGAGCCUGAGGCGAGGGCUUUCUCUGAAGCUGAUCACACUCAAUUCCCACGUCCGGAAUCUCAUUGAGGGCUCUGGACCAGAGGACUUCAGCCACCUGCCACCAGAACAGAGGAGGAAGAAGCUGCAGGGCAAGAUAGAUGACCUGAAUAAGGACAUUCAGAAAGAGAUGGACCAGAGGGACGCUCUAACUAAGAUGAGGGAUGUGUACGUGAAGAACCCUCAGAUGGGAGACCCGGCCAGUGUAGACCCACGGCUAUCAGAAAUAGGCCAGAACAUCGAGAAGCUCCAGUUUGAAGUGCAGAAAUUUGAGGGCUGGUUAGCAGAGGUGGAGGAAAGGAUGCCAUCCAAGAGUGAUACGCACCGGAGAAGUGGACUCUAUGAGACCCAGAACAACACCACAGUGAGCAACAACUGUGCACAGGACAGAGAGAGGCCCUUGAGCAGCCCGGAUGGCAGCUACACAGAGGAGCAGAAUUCAGAGACUCAGGUCAAAGCCAACAUCAACCCCAUCCUCCCCACCUCCUCCACCCCAGAGUUCGACGACGAGUUUGACGAUGAGGAGACCCUGCCCACCAUAGGGACCUGCAAAGCCUUGUAUCCAUUUGAAGGUCAUAAUGAGGGCACCAUCGCCGUGGCAGAGGGCGAGCUGUUGUACGUGAUAGAAGAGGACAAAGGAGACGGCUGGACACGAGUGCGCAGGAACGAGGACGAAGAGGGAUACGUCCCCUCAUCCUACGUUGAGGUCUUUUUGGAAACAAAUGCCAAAGAUUCCUAAAAGUGUGAGGCUGGCUGAGGAAUGGCAGGGCAAGCAGCCUUGGAGAAACCACCAUGUUCCUCACACGCUCACAGAGUCAGAGAGAGAAAGUGAGAGAUGACCCGAAUCUAAAAAAGAGAAAGACGGCCGAUUAGAACGCAUCUCAAUUUCCCAAAAAACAUUAAAAAAAGUAUAUCAGCAGCGUUGCGCAUCUUUGGCAGAACUCUGCGAUGUGAAGCAACGCUAAGAGAAAUCCAUCAAAAUGUUUAGCACUCAUAACCUUUUCCAUUCUUAACACUCAUACAGCAGUACCAACCACAGUAUACAAUUUGCUUUUUUGUUGUUUUCAGCAAAGCUUCGCUGCUUAAUGUAACUAACUCAGCUUGCACCACGCGCGGUCAUGAACGUGGCUGUUGGCUUCCUCACUCUGAACGCCACUCAACCCCCCCCCUUCCCUCCUGGCCACCACCCCCAGCCACACUGCCAUGGCCCUUUUUCCUUACCUUAGCCCCCAUUGCACACACACAUAAGCGGCGGAGGGUUUGGUCAGAGACAGGACAGAGACCAGCAGAAGCCUUAUGCGGACAAAAAGACCAGCUGUCAAACACCUUCAUCUGGGGUUGUGUAUGUGUGUGUGUGUGUGUGUGUGUGUGUGUGUGUGUGUGAGCCCUCCUCACUCACUCCUUGACUCAGAAGAGGGUCACCCUGAAGCUUAUCUACCUACAUGUAUCACCCCACCCACUAAAAUCAGCUCCACAUUUACAGAUCUCAGCAGAAGUGAAGGUCCUGAUCAUCUUAUCUGUAUGUUAUGUGCUUCUGGUUUAUGUUGUGUGGUUUGUUUGAGCUGAAUAAAAAU